GAGAUGGCGCGGUUGUUUACCCUGCCAUGUCCGUGGCGUGCUGUGUGCGCUCGGGUGAGUCGUUAGCCGGUUCGUUGUGAGGCUUUACCCGGGGCGGCUGGCUGAGCGCGAGCGGCGUGUCGCGCGCAGGAGUUUCCAGGAUGCAAAAUCGCUGCGCUGCCGCGAGCUGCGGCGCAUGCUACGAUGCGCCUCUCUUCAGGUUCCCCAGAGACCCCCAACGAUGCAAGAAGUGGGUGGAAAACUCACGCUGCGAAGACCUCCAGGAGAAGUCACUCGACCAUUUGUACAGAUACUGCCGACUCUGUGUGAAACACUUCGACGCUGCUUCCAUCGAGAAGAACGAUUCUCUGAAUACAACACUGAAGGACGAUGCCAUACCAACUAUUUUUGAUGUGUCUGGCCAAUCUGAAAAUGGACAAUUAAAGCGAAAGAAACCAGCGGACAAAAAUGAUGAAACGGAGAAAAAUGCGAAGAAAAAAACUGCAAAGAGUGAAAAAGACAAGGAGUCUGACACUCCAACCGUUUCAGAGGAAGACGAAUACAAAGAUUACCUUAAGUCUUUAUUUGAGGUUCUUGUCCUGCUGGGAGUGCAGAACAUUCAUUUAAAAGGACCUGCUGCUGAUAAACAGGAGUCCCUCGCUUCAAGCAAUUUUCAGGCCUUGCUAGAUUACCGCAUGAAUGCUGGGGAUGAAGCCUUAAAGAAGAGGUAUGACGCACAACCUGAGAAUAAAGAAUGCUGCUCAUCAUCUCAGUUAAGUCAGCUGGUUGAAGUGUGCGAAAAGUGCAUCCGUGAUGAGCUCUUGAAAGAAGUCAGACAAAAUGUGUUGUUCUCAUUAGUGACUGAUGAUUUGGUGAAGAUCUCAGAAGAGUGGCACCUACCUGUAUUUCUGCGCUAUGUGGACCAAACGAACUGCCAGCAGGAAAAGUUGGCUGGACUCUUGCCUUUUGAGGGGGAUGGAGAAGCCUUGGCUGAGCGGCUGCUGGCUGAGCUGACUGACAAAUGGGGCUUAAAUAUGGAACAUUGCAGAGGUCAGGCUCACUCCUGCUCUGGUUCGCAUUUUAGAAAAAUAAAAGCUUUUGCCUCCAAGUUGUCACAGAAGUAUCCAAUGGCAACGUUAACGCCAAGCUCUGUUUGUGCCUUGACUAUUUCUCUGGCUAACAGUAUGGCUGUCUCAGGAGUUCAGCUCGUCAUGUCUACCUUCAGGAAGAUUACAUCAUUCUUCAGUCAGUCCCUCUCGCUGCAGUUAGAGUUGGAGCACGCCAUUUCAAUUUUCUACUCGGACAAAGAAGAUAAAGCCAAUGAACUGAAAGAGGUCAGCCGCACCAGCUGGACCACAAGGCAUGAUGCUUUUGAGGUGGCAGUUGUCUUGAUUGAAUCCCUACUACUCUGUGUGGACAGUGUGCAUGACAAUGAGGAAAUGCAGUGGGGUGAUAAGAUUACUCAUUAUGCAUUGCAGAUUUCAAAAAUGCUCGCUGAUUUUGAGUUUGUUAUGUCCUUAGUUGUGCUGAAGAACACUCUGUCGCUCACUCGGGCCUUCGGAAAGAAUGUGCAAGGGGAAGCAGCCGACGCUUAUUUUGCUGCAGACAGUUUAAAAGCUGUAUUGCACUCCUUGACGGAGGUGUCUGACAACAUUGAUGUAUACCAUGAGUUCUGGUAUGAGGAAGCCGUCAAUCUUGCUGCUUCUUUGGAGAUCCAAGUAAAGGUUCCAUGGUCAGUCUUGAAGCAUCGGUCAGGAUCCAGAACCAUGGUUCAGCCAGAGAGCUACUACAAGCAGCACCUGACUGUCCCAGUGGUAGACCAUGUUGUUAAAGAAAUGAAGGAACUCUUCUGUGAGAAUCACCUGAAGGCCCUGAGAUGUCUAUCGCUGGUCCCGACUGUCCUAGAGCAGAAUAAGUCGGCUGAACCAGAGAUGGAAAACAUCCAGAUGUACAAAAACGACAUUCCUAAUGCAGGAACCCUCCCGGCUGAGCUGCACUGCUGGUGGGUUAAAUGGAGCCACAGGAGCAAAGGUGACGUCGUGCCCUGCACUCUACACGAAACGUUGCAGUUGGCCGAUGUGAAGUUCUUCCCGAACAUGCUUGCCGUCUUGAAGGUCAUCGGCACCCUCCCUACCUUUGUUCUUGAGAACAAAAGUGAUGUUUCCUAUAGACGCUUCAAGAUGUACAUGGAGAACACGCCAGACAACUGCAGAUCCAAAAGCCUCGCACUUCUGAACGUCAACUCCGAUGCGAGGUAUGACCUGGAUGCAAUGGUGGAGGCAUACGUGACAGCUUACCCUGAGAAGGAUGCUUAGCGUGGAUAUCGUAGCCCAGCUUCAAAACUGAAUAUUUUCUGGAUUUUGUAUUUUAUUUUUUUGGAGAGGUGUAAAUAAUUGUCUGAUUUUUGUGCCGUUUCAUACAUCUUUUUUUUGGGGGGGGGGUGUUAAAUUCAGAAGAAUUGCCUACUAAUUAUGUGUAAUGUCCUUAUGCAGGCUCAAUAGUCCAGGGAAGGAAGUCAGAGAAAGUUGAAUCUCUUCAGUUCACCCGGACACGUUUACUGAGAGAAGUGACCUCUUCAGUGUCAGCCGACUGCAGGUACCCCCACCCUCACAAAGCAGUCAGCUGAGACCGAGGAGGCCAGUUAGACGAGCGGCGAAACCUUUUUCUCAGUAAACCUUGUGUCCAGAUGAACUGAAGAGAUUCAACUUCCUUUGAGACUAAUUUCAUAGAUUUGAUGUUGUUGGAGUGUUUUUCUUUAUGAAACGAUAUACAACAUUAAUAAACUGGUGAUCAUUAAAGUGUGAACUACACAAGAAAGUAUCAUUUAAUAAACAAGU